CCCACCCUCAGCAAGCUCCUAAAAGACAAUUCUAGAAGGAACUUCCACUAUCUCUAACGGUAAACCCAAAAGAGAGUCGCACGAUGCCAUUUUUUCUCUCCAAGGCUAAAGUUUGGAAGAAACUACGACUCGAGAAGAAACCACAGCCUGAAAAAGACAAUUCCUUGAAAGAAGAGGGUACAAAUCCGUCGAACAGCCUGGUAUCUAAGCAAGAGGAGCGCCUUGAACCUACCCCUCGACCCAACGAUUUUUGGCUAGACAAGAUUUUGACAGCCUCGGUUAAAAUACUAGAAUCCCACUACAGUUUAAAACUUCUACCAGGAGAUACGAGGCACCACAAACGACUAUGCGAUUUCCUUGAGGCGAAAGCAAUUCAAAUAGAGGAGAAAAAGUGGGUGAUUCACAUAGGUAAUCGUAGCAUGACUGUUCGGGACCAACUCACCAAGGUAUUCAAAAAUAUCCUGGCCAUCAAAGAUAUUGUCAAUACUGCUGCAAGCGCGAGCCCACUAGCUUUGCUCGCCUGUGCUAGCAUUACGGCUUGUUUCGUGAUGGUCGUCCAAGCGGUAGAGCAGCAUGCCGUUCUCCUACAAGGCUUAGAAUUGAUCUCUGGGUUGAUACCUCGACUCCACGUGAUGGAAGACCUUUAUUUGCAUUCUCAGACAAAACAGGCCAUUGAUAUAGUUGGGAAGUUUCAAGAAACUUUGGUCUCCACCUACUCUAAGAUAUUGGAGUUCCAGGCUCGAGCGCUCUGCCAUGUACACAGACACCCAGUCUUCCAGCUGCUGGGAAACAUCUUUAACCGGGAUGGAUGGGCCGACUUGCUGCAAGACAUUGAGAGAUUUGAAAAAUCUAUAUAUCGAUUUACUUCCCUCAUUGCAGAUGCGGAUUCAAGCCAGAGGCACGAGGAGGUUCUGAAGGGACAUCAAGAGAUUCUGAACACUUCACGCGAACGCGAUAUAUGGACAACUACAUCAGCUCGAGACGAGAGAAUAAAAAGAUUCUUCAAGCUACUCUACACUUGCCCAUAUAAGGAUCGAAAAGAGAGGAAUGGCAAACGUGUGCCCGGAACCUGUGAAUGGUUCACAAAUCAUCCCAUAUUCCAGGCCUGGCAACAGAGUACAGGUAAUUCCUCUGGUCUACUAUGGGUGUCAGCCGAUCCAGGUUGCGGCAAAUCGGUCUUGACCAGAUACCUAGUUGACGAACUUCUUCUCAACACUAAUGAACGAACGGUCUGUUAUUUCUUCUUUAAAGAUGACUUUUCGGAUCAGAGGAGUGCAACAAGCGCACUUUCAAUUAUACUACGUCAGCUUUUUACAGCACAGCCUCAGCUUUUGCAAGAUGCAGUCCUAGAUAAGCUGGAUACUGACGGUGAUGCGCUUGUCCAAUCAUUUUCUGAAUUAUGGAAUAUACUUAUAUCUGUUUCUGCCAAUCCGAAGGCCGGAGAGAUUAUCUGUAUUCUAGACGCAUUAGAUGAGUGUCAAGAUGGUGACCGGAAUCGAUUUAUCUGCGCAGUUAAGGACUUUUACUUGGGACCCUAUAAAAGCAGUAAGCUAAAAUUCUUGAUGACAAGCAGACCAUACGAUCACAUACGGCGUGGCUUUUGGGAGCUAGAGGCCAAACUACCUACCAUCCAUUUAAGUGGGGAUGGCGAGGAAGAGGCCCAGCAGAUAUCUCGUGAAAUAAACCUUGUUAUCGAAAAGAGGAUUAAUGAUAUCUGCCGACAAAGAUUAUUGGAGAAAGAUGAGCGGAUUUUGCUUACAGAACAGCUGAAUGCAGUUGGAAAUCGAACAUACCUAUGGGUUAGCCUCACCUUGGACGUACUUGAGAAUAUCCAGGGUUUCACGAAAGGCAAUAUCCGUCGGGUAAUUCAGGAUCUACCCGCAACUGUUGACAGCGCCUAUGAAAAAAUCUUGGACCGGAGUUUGGAUGCUGACAAAGCCAGAGUUCUUCUUCAUAUUAUUACAUCUGCAAUGCGGCCUCUCUCCUUGGGAGAGCUAUCUCUUGCCUUGGCAAUCAGUGCAGGUCAUCAAACUCUUAUAGAUAUACACGAUGAAGUGGAGCCAGAAGACCGCUUUAGGAAAACAUUGAGGGAUGUCUGUGGACUCUUUGUGGUUGUUAUAGAUAAGAAAGUUUAUCUCCUUCAUCAAACUGCGAAGGAAUUCUUAGUCUAUGGCAACAACUCCACUAGAAGUACAAACUUUCCUGAAGUUGCAAGAUGGAAGAAUUCACUACUGCCAGAGGAGUCCAAUCGGAUUCUUGCAGAUAUAUGUACUUCAUAUUUAACUUCUGUUCGACAUAGAAUCCACCAGGAAAACUUUGAACAAUAUUCGUCAUGUUACUGGAGUGCGCACUUCCGUCAAGCUUGUGUGCGAGAUGGGGACCCGCUGAUGAUCCGCGCGCAGAAGAUUUGCAACCCAAGCUCUGAUGUAUAUCAAGUGUGGUCCGGAAUCUAUGAAAACAAUGGACAUGUUGUUCCCGAGGGUGCUACAUCACUUUUGAUAGCGUCAGCUUUGGGGCUCGCUGGUGUGGUAAACCUUCUUCUUGGAACAGGAGAGGUAGAUGGCAACUCCAAGGAUAUCGUUGGCCAAACACCACUGGCUUGGGCGGCAGCGAAUGGCCAUGAGACUGUAGUGAAGCUUCUUCUUAAGACAGAAAAAGUGGAUGUCGACUCCAAGGCUUCAGGUGGCCGGACACCGCUCUCUCAGGCGGCAGAGAAAGGCUAUGAAGCUGUGGUGAAGCUUCUUCUUGGCACAGAAAAAGUGGAUGUCAACUCCAAGGAUAUCGUUGGCCGAACACCACUUGCUCUGGCGGCAGCGAAUGGCCAUGAGACUGUAGUGAAACUUCUUCUUAAGACAGAAAAAGUGGAUGUCGACUCCAAGACUUCAAAUGGCUGGACACCACUCUCUUGGGCGGCACAGAAUGGCUAUGAAGCUGUGGUGAAGCUUCUUCUUGGCACAGAAAAGAAUGGCCAUGAGGCAGUGGUGAAGCUUCUUCUAGACACAGAAAAAGUGGAUAUCGACUCUGAGGAUUUCUGGGGCCAGACCCCACUCUCUUGGGCGGUACUGAAUCGCCAUAAGACAGUGGUGAAGCUCCUCCAGGAACGCCAAUACCCGCCUUUACAAUAA